AUGGUCUCCUACUACGACGAGCUCGAGAUCGAAGAUUUCACCUGGGACGAAGACGCCAAGGUCUUUCACUAUCCUUGCCCUUGCGGCGACCGAUUCGAGAUUUCUAAGGGGCAGCUGCGGGAUGGAGAGGAAAUUGCCACCUGCCCGAGUUGCAGCUUGAUCGUCCGAGUAAUUUAUGACUACCUUGAUUGGGAGGACUAUGAGAGCUCAGACGAGGAGGAAGAAGCGGGAGCCGAGGAGGCCGAGACUCCGGCCACGACGGCCCCGCCAUCCCCAUCCAAUGUGAACAGCGUUGACAAGGUUGACACUCCGGCAGACCUGGCUUCAGCGUUGGAGAAGGUUUCUGUUUCGGAGGGUGACCGCGACUCGUCAUGA